GCGCCAGAUUGCGUGUAUCUCGUCCUUCUCUUUCUCUUUACACGCUACCCAAUAAAACUCUUUUUUAUCAAAUGACCAUCUUACCCUCUCCCUUUCCCCCAUUGCCUUCAACCUUUCCAUUUUCUUCGUUUUGUCUUUCAUUUUCACAACCCAAAGAACUGAGAAAGGAUUAGGUAAAAUUUUGUGAAAGGAAAUUAGAAACCAAAAACUAAUAAUAAUAAUAAUGUCGAGAUCGUCUUCUGCGUCGGCGACGGCGCCGUUUCCAGCUAUCAAACCGGAGGAUUACAAGCAUAGCCCUGUUCACUACGCUGUCGUUUUGCGUGAUCAUACUACUUUGAAUCGACUGGUUUCCACGCUGCCAAAGCUGGCUGAUCCUGCUCAGAUCCACACCGAGUGCGACUCACUCAGUCAAGAGCGUGUAGCUGACCAAAUUUCCGCCGUUCUCGACCGCCGAGAUGUCCCUUUCCGUGAAACUCCUCUCCACCUCGCGGUCCGCCUUAACGACGUCGUUGCUGCUAGAACUCUCGGUAUUGCUGGUGCUGACGUGUCGCUCCAGAACGCUGCGGGAUGGAAUCCUCUCCAAGAAGCACUCUGUCGCCGAAGCUCCGACAUUGCGUUGGUUCUCUUGAAACUCCACCACCGCUCCGCCUGGUGCAAGUGGCGCCGCCGUUUACCUCGCGUAAUUGCCGUCCUCCGCCGAAUGCGUGACUUCUACAUGGAAAUCUCCUUUCACUUCGAAAGCUCCGUAAUUCCGUUCGUCGGAAAAAUCGCUCCUUCCGAUACCUACAAGAUCUGGAAACGCGACGGUAAUCUCCGAGCUGAUACUUCAUUAGCAGGCUUCGACGGCUUGAAAAUCCAACGCGCCGAUCAAAGCUUCCUCUUCCUCGGCGAUGGCGAUCACCUCCACAACAUCCCUUGCGGCUCAUUGCUAGUCCUCAACCGCGAAGAUCGCAAAAUCUUCGACGCAUUCGAAAAUGCCGGAGCUCCGAUGAGCGAAUCCGACAUUGCGGGUUUUUGUUCCCAAACGAGUGUGUACCGACCCGGAAUGGACGUAACCAGAGCGGAACUCGUCGGAAGAACUAACUGGAGGCGCCAAGAGAAAACAGAGAGCGUCGGUGAAUGGAAAGCCAGAGUUUACGAAGUACAUAACGUGAUAUUCAGCUUUAGGUCACGAAAAGUUGCGGGUUCCGAAAACGAUGUCGCCGGAAGUGAACAAGUGUUACCCUUAGAGCUCGACGAAGACGAAGACGGUUUCUUAGUUUGCGAAAAUCCCAAUUUCGCAAUGCCUGAUAGAAGAAGACACAGUAGCUUCGUGAGAGAAGACAGAGAGUGGAUUUCGGUAGGGAGGAAGAGCGUUGACGUUUUCCCUUCUUCAGCCGCGGCGAUGCCUCCUAGAAGAUCGACGUCUUUUGCAACGGCGAAAACGGUGGUGCCGCCUCCACAAACAAAGGAGAAAGAGUACGUUCGAAGUUUACGACCGUCAGUUUGGUUAACGGAACAAUUCCCAUUAAAGACCGAAGAAUUGCUACCUUUACUUGAUAUUUUGGCUAACAAAGUGAAAGCUGUUCGAAGAAUGCGAGAGCUGUUAACCACCAAAUUCCCGCCGGGGACAUUUCCGGUUAAGGUUGCGAUCCCGGUAGUCCCGACGGUGAGGGUGGUGAUAACGUUCACGAAAUUCGUCGAGCUCCAAUCGACCGAGCAAUUCUUCACUCCACUCUCAAGUCCUAGAUAUUUUUCCAAUGGAAGAGGCCAAACAGAGGAUGAUCAAAAUUCGGAUAAACAUAAUUCGUCAUUACCGUCGACAUCGUGGUCAUCGUCCACCACGGCAUGGCUGAGGCGAAGCAAUAGUCAAUCGGUGUCGGCUAACAAGCAACAACAGCAACAACGGAGUUCCUCAAUGGCGCAGCAAGCCGAUCCUUUUUCCAUUCCUAGUGGAUAUACAUGGACCAGUGUCGACGACAAGUCCGGCAAAUUGAAGAAAUCAAAGUCCACAAGGAAAUCAAAGUGAAAAACAAAAAAUUAUUCAAAAUACAGAUAAUUUGGUCAAAUGGAAAUUCCGCAAUGUUAAAUAUUUUGAUUUCCUUGCAACCUGCAAAAAUUUUGCUGUUGAAAAUCAACGGUAGGCAAUUUGGUUGAUUAAAAAUGUUGUUCAACACCA